AUGGUUGAUUCCAGGCGUGAUCGAGAACGCGAUCGUGAACGUCGUCGCUCACACAGUCGGUCAGCUUCGCCCGACCGCAAGAGGCGGCGCUCCAGGUCCAGAAGCAGGGACCGAGCUUCGAAAUCUUCGAAAAGGAAGCGUAGCCGUAGCAGGGAAAGGGAAUCUAAACGAGAUCGCAGCAGGGAUAGAGAUAGGGACAGGAAAAGUGAUAAGAGGGAUGACAAACGCAAUGGUGCAAGCAGUAAGUCAUCAAGGAAAAAGUCACCUGAUAAGGAUAGAGACCGAUCAAAAUCCAAAGAGAAAUCUAUUAAGCAAGAGUCAACGGAAUAUGACCCUGGCUCUGUGGACAAGGAAGAAGAACAAGUGCGCUUAGAGGCGGAAAUGCAAAAGCGCCGCGACCGCAUCGAGCGCUGGAGAGCGGAACGGAAGCGAAAAGAGCUGGAGUCCACCAAGAAGGAGGUCCAGAAGGGCAGCUUAGUCAGCAACAUUCAGAUACCCGCCAAGAAGUGGUCUCUGGAGGAUGAUUCUGGAGAUGAAGGUGAAAUUGCUCGCAAUGGUGAGGAUGCAGAGGGCAAAGAAAAAGCCUCAGCUGAAGAAAAAAUUGAGGUAGAAGAUGAGAUUGAUCCUCUGGAUGCAUACAUGCAAGAGGUUCAACAGGAGGUGCGCAAAGUGAAUCAAAUGGAUCAGCAGAGGGGAAUGACUGUGCCAACUAACGGAGGCACGGGCGUGGUCAUUCUGACGGGUACGGCCAAGAAAAAGGUCACAGAACAGAAAAAUAAAGGUGAACUAAUAGAACAGAACCAGGACGGCCUAGAAUAUUCAUCUGAAGAGGAAAACGAGGACAUUAAGGACACGGCUGCUAACCUCGCGUCCAAGCAGAGGAAGGAACUGGCUAAAGUGGACCAUGCUGCGUUGGACUAUAUGCCGUUUAGGAAGGCCUUCUAUACUGAGGUUAGCGAACUAGCCCGAAUGACCCCUGAAGAAGUGGAAGCGUACCGCACAGAACUAGAAGGCAUCCGAGUGAAGGGCAAAGGGUGCCCUAAACCUAUCAGAACCUGGGCGCACUGCGGCGUGAGCAAGAAAGAGAUGGACAUACUGAAGAAACUCAACUUCGAGAAACCUACCCCUAUUCAGGCGCAGGCUAUUCCGGCUAUCAUGUCGGGAAGGGACCUAAUAGGCAUAGCUAAGACCGGUUCCGGCAAGACCCUCGCCUUCAUCCUACCCAUGUUCCGCCACGUACUAGACCAACCCCCAUUGGAAGACACCGACGGACCCAUUUCCCUCAUCAUGACCCCCACAAGGGAGUUAUGUAUGCAGAUCGGGAAAGAUAUUAGGAAGUUCGCUAAAUCGCUGGGUCUGACGGUUGCCUGUGUUUAUGGAGGCACUGGGAUAUCUGAGCAGAUCGCCGAAUUAAAGCGUGGGGCAGAGAUCAUCGUAUGCACUCCCGGCCGAAUGAUAGACAUGUUGGCGGCCAACUCUGGCCGCGUCACCAAUUUAAGACGAGUCUCCUACAUCGUACUGGACGAAGCUGACCGCAUGUUCGAUAUGGGCUUCGAGCCGCAGGUGAUGAAGAUAAUAGACAACAUCCGACCGGACCGGCAGACGGUGAUGUUCAGCGCCACGUUCCCGCGCCAGAUGGAGGCGCUCGCCAGGCGCAUACUGCAGAAACCUAUUGAAAUCCAGGUCGGCGGCCGCAGCGUAGUCUGCAAAGAGGUGGAACAGCACGUAGCCGUUCUAGAAGACGACGCCAAGUUCUUCAAGCUACUCGAACUGCUGGGGCUGUACAGCCAGAUGGGCAGCAUAAUCGUCUUCGUUGACAAACAGGAGAAUGCCGACAGUCUGCUCAAAGACCUGAUGAAGGCGUCGUACUCCUGCAUGAGUUUACAUGGAGGGAUUGAUCAAUUCGACAGGGACUCCACCAUCGUGGACUUCAAGAAUGGGAAGGUGAAGCUACUUGUCGCUACCAGUGUCGCAGCGCGAGGGCUGGAUGUCAAACAACUGGUGCUUGUUGUCAACUACGACUGUCCGAACCAUUAUGAAGACUACGUGCACAGAUGCGGUCGCACCGGUCGCGCAGGCAACAAAGGUUACGCCUGGACAUUCCUCACGCCGGAGCAAGGAAGAUACGCGGGCGACAUAUUACGAGCGUUAGAAGUUAGCGGGGCGUCCGUACCGCCGGCUCUCAGGCAGCUGUGGGAGACGUACAAGGAAGCGCAGGAAAAGGAUGGCAAGAAGGUGCAUACUGGAGGAGGAUUCAGUGGGAAAGGUUUCAAAUUCGACGAAUCCGAAGCUAUGGCGGCGAGUGAAAAGAAGAAGUACCAGAAAGCGGCGCUAGGGCUCCAGGACUCCGACGACGAGGACGUGGAGGGAGACCUCGACCAGCAGAUCGAGACCAUGCUGGCUGCUAAGAAGAUUGUCAAGGAGAUCAAGCCGGGCGUAGCGACCCCCGGCGUGCCCGCCGGCGCCGCCGCGGCGGCCGGCGCGGACGGCAAGCUGGAGCUGGCGCGGCGCCUGGCGUCCCGCAUCAACCUGGCCAAGGGGCUCGGCGCCGAGCACAAGGGCGCCACGCAGCAGGCCGCCGAGGCCAUCCUCAAGGGCGCGCCCUCCGCGCACACGCUCAUUACGGCUAAGACGGUAGCGGAACAGUUAGCGGCCAAACUGAACACCCGGCUGAACUACCAGCCUCGUGACGAGAGCAACAACGAACCGGCUGAGGAGGUGUUCCGGAAGUAUGAGACGGAGUUGGAGAUCAAUGACUUCCCGCAGCAGGCGCGCUGGAGGGUCACUAGCAAGGAAGCCUUGGCCCUCAUCAGCGAGUACUCGGAGGCCGGCAUCACAGUCCGCGGCACCUACGUCCCGCCCGGCAAGAACCCGCCCGAGGGCGAGCGCAAGCUAUAUCUCGCCAUCGAGAGCUCGCAAGAGCUCGCGGUCGCCAAAGCCAAGUCGGAGAUCACUCGCCUGAUCAAGGAAGAGCUGCUUAAGCUGCAGACCUCGGCGCAUCACAUGGUCAAUAAGGCUAGAUAUAAGGUUUUGUAGGGGAAUACAUGAUUGGUUGUAA